AUGGUUAAAUUGGUUGCUGUCAUUAUAGCAUUGUACCAACCUCGACAGGGGCCAAUGUUGAACACGCUGAAUGAUUUCUGGAAGAUGGUGUGGGAGCAGAAGGCCUCAAGUAUCGUCAUGUUGACCGAACUCAUGGAACGCAACAGGAUGAAAUGUGACCAAUACUGGCCCUCGAACAGCACAGAGUUGUAUGGAUUCGUGUAUGUCUCGUUGUCUGACGUUCACACGUUCGCAACGUACGUCGUCAGGACUUUUCAACUCACUAAUGUCAACAGUUUAGAGAAACGCAUGUUGACUCAGUAUCAAUUCACUGACUGGCCUGAACAGGGCGUGCCAACAUCGCCAGUCACCUUCUUGAACUUUGUGCGAAGAGUAAAAUCUCUGCAAUCUGUCUUUUCAUGUCCUAUGAUUGUUCAUUGCAGUGCAGGUGUGGGUCGUACAGGUGUGUUCAUAGCAGCGGAUGCUCUCCUGGACCGACUGCAGUACGAGGAACUAGUUGAUGUCUUCACGUACGUCACUUUCCUCAGAUCUCAGCGAAACUACAUGAUUCAAACAGAGGAACAGUACAGAUUCCUUUAUGAAUUGUUGAGGGAGGCCGUCGAAUAUGGCAGCACAGAAGUUUCGGCCGAUCGACUCUUCAUGUACGUCUCAAAUCUCUUCAACGUCAACUCCAAAACUGGCAUCUCCGAGGUCCAACUGGAGUUUAAAAAACUUGAAGACCUGACACUACCAACAUCUUCAGCUUUCAAGACGUUGUCUCAUGCCAACAGAUCAAAAAAUAGAUCUCAAAAUAUAAUACCAAAUGAGGAGACGAGAGUACAUCUCAACCCGCUACCUGAUGUGUCAGGAUCUGAUUACAUCAAUGCCAAUUUCAUUGAUAGUUAUAAAGAGAAGAGGGCCUUCAUAGCUUGCCAGGCUCCAAUGCUCUCCACCUGCGAGGAUUUUUGGCGGAUGCUCUGGGAGCAGAAGUCCUCCAUCAUCGUCAUGCUGCUCAAGCUCAAAGAAUGUGGCAAAGAGUUAUGCCACGCAUAUUGGCCUGAAGGUCGUUCUGCCAGGUACCGUUACUUUGUUGUUGACCCGAUUGCACAGUACAACAUGCCCUUCUACAUUCUGAGGGAGUUCAAGGUCACAGAUGCAAGGGAUGGUCAGUCUCGAAUCAUCAGACAGUUUCAGUACACCGACUGGCCGGAGCAGGGCACUCCGUCGUCAUGUGAAAGCUUCAUCGAAUUCAUAGGACACAUACAAAAAACCAGACAACAAUUCGGUUUGGAUAAUCCAGUCACUGUUCACUGCUGCUAUGGCUCUGGAAGGACAGGUGUCUUCAUAGGGUUGAAUAAUUCUUUGGAGAGGCUGCGUUUCGAAGGAGUAAUUGAUAUGUUUCAAACUGUUCGACUCAUCAAAGGACAACGAUCGGCCUUGGUACAAACUGAGGAGCAGUAUGGCUUUUGCUACCAGGCGGCUCUCGAGUACCUCGGAUCAUUUGACCAUCUCGCAACAUAAGACUUCAUCGAGUGUAAAAAAAAUACUCAAUCUCUUUUUCUGUUUUAUGUUCUCGAAAUUGCCUCAUGUUGUUUUUGUCCAGAAUCUGCACUUUAUAAAUUUUAAUUGUUCAUUUAAUUAUUUUCAGCUGUAGGUCAUUUCGGUCACAACUCACUUUUUAUAUUUUUAUGAUUUAUGCAUUUAUUUUAAACUUUCAAAAAAUUGAAAUGGG